AUGUUCAUGGCGGGGCAACUUGUUCAAAAGGCGAAACCUUGGGCGACCUCGGCUUCUUGGCGCGAGGCACGCUGCGAAGUACUCGCUACAGGAGUCAGCUGCCUCAAUAGCAACCCGAGCGUGAGGAGCACCUGUUCCGGCUACAAGGCAGGGAGCAUGCCUUUGAGUGAGCCGCCGGUUUUCCCGACUGAGAUGAUGGCAGUCUGCCCCGGCGCGUACUGGUGCUCAAAAGAGCAGGAAACGUGCACCUGCCAAGGUGAGAUCACCUAUGCUACGGAGCUCUUCACGGGUGAAACCUAUACCGUACCUGAGGCCGAGCAGAAGUACAAGGUUGUCUCGAACGGAACAUGGCUGUGUGGGACGGAUCAGUCGGGACGGCCGUUCGCGGACCCUGCGCCCUACAAAGUGAAGCACUGCUGGUGCACGCCCAAAGGCAUUCUGGACAUUGUACAGCAACAUGGAGGGGGCCAGAUAGAGAAGAAGAAGUGCUCUGAGAUAGUGACUGAUGACUUCAACCGCUUCAGCCCUCGACGCCUCCAACGCCGAGAUGCCCAAAGGGGGGAUGGAGGUGGAGUGUCGGCGCCCGUGCGGAAGCUUCCCGCCGAGAUCUUUGCUGGGGAAGAGUACGACUACAGAUACACUCCAUGGGCCCUGGUGACUGUGGAGGACUCCGACUACGGGAUGGAUUCUGUCACUCCCGUGAGACAGCUUCGCUGUGCCUACGAGUAUGGGAUCCCCUUGGCCUCUACACAGGUCUAUAAGGGCCACGCCCCCUACGACGGGGAUGUGUGGGUAGUGGAGGACAUCGCCAAAAGGUGGGGGCGAGAGGCCUCCCGGACUUGCUGGGUGCGCGAAAGCACAGCGCAGGCGUGCGCUAUUGCCUUGGAGCAGCCUGGCCAUCUCUUGCAAUCCGUCGGCGGCAAAGUCGAUCGCUGGCUUUUCCAUCUUCUUCCGGCGCUUGGCAUCUGCCUAGUCUUCACGACAAUAGUCGGCCUGCAGUACUGGCGCCAGCGGCAGGAUGAGUCUGACUCGUCCAGUUCAGAUCAAGAAGUGCCACUCACUCGAUGA